AUGAGCGGGAAUCAUCUUGACGAGAACAAUGGUGUACCGGCGCCAGGGCCAGGACCAACCUCAAGCCUAAGGGAAGAAGGAGAGUCGGCGGCGCCGCCAGCACUGCUCCAUCGCUCGUUACAGGCACGACCCUAUCAAGUCACCAAGGCCAAGGGGCUGUAUCUGACCCUGUCCGAUGGGCGGACCAUCAUGGACGCCUGCGGCGGCGCCGCGGUCGCGUGCCUGGGCCACGGCAACGAGGAAGUCCAACAAGCGGUCGCCCGCCAGAUGAGCACGGGCGUCAGCUACAUCCACUCGCUGACCUACACGACCGACGCGGCCGAGGACCUGGCGCACCACCUCAUCGACGGGCCCCAGGGCGCCGGCCGCUUCGGGCUCGAGCGCGUGUACCUGGUCAACUCGGGGAGCGAGGCCAUGGACGCGGCGCUGAAGCUGGCGAGACAGUACUUUUUCGAGCUGGCCCAGAAGAACCCGACGUCGCCGACGACACCGACGCCGGUCAGAUCACACUUUGUGAGCAGGAAGCAGAGCUACCACGGCACCACGGUCGGGGCCAUGAACGUGAGCAGCAACCUGCCCCGCAAGGUCCCGUACGCGUGUUUCCAGCUGGACAACUUCAGCUGGGUCACGCCCGCGUACACGUACCAGUACUCGGACUGGCAACGGGGGGAGACGGAGACGGAGUUCGCACAGAGGCUAGUGGACGAGCUGGACGCGCAUUUCGUCGCGAUCGGGCCGGAGAAAGUCGUCGCCUUCGUCGCUGAGCCGCUCGUCGGCGCCACCAGCGGAUGCACGCCCGCGCCUAGGGGCUACUUCAAGGGUGUCAGGCGCGUCUGCGACAAGUACGGCAUCCUCCUGAUUCUGGACGAGGUCAUGAGCGGCAUGGGCCGUACGGGGACCUUGUUCGCCUUUGAGCAGGAGGACGUGGUGCCGGACCUGGUCACCGUGGGCAAGGGCCUCGGCGGCGGCUACGCCCCCGUCGCGGGCGUCCUCAUCCACAAGAAGGUCGUCGACGUCCUCCGCGCCGGCUCCAGCAGCUUCAACCACGGCCACACCUACCAGGCCCACCCGGUCGGCUGUGCCGCCGCGCUGGCCGUGCAGAAGAUCCUGCGCCGCGACGGACUCGUCGAGAAUGUCGCCCGCCUGCACGGGUUCCUGUACCCGCUCCUCGUCGACACGUUCGCCCCGGCAAAGUACGUCGGCGACAUCCGCGGCCGCGGCCUGUUCUGGGGCAUCGAGUUCGUCCGCGACAAGAGCACGCGCGAGUCCUUCCCGCCCCGAGUCUCCUUCGGCGCCCGCUUCCAGUCCGCCGUCUUUGACCUGGGCGUCGCCGUGUAUCCGGGCUCGAGCACCGUCGACGGCAAGAAGGGCGACCAUGCCAUCCUCAGCCCGCCGUACAACGUGACGGAGGACGAGUUGCGGAAGAUCGUCGCGUUCAUGAAGACGGCGUAUGACCGGCUGGAGAAGGAAGUGGAUGCUGAGUCCUGGGGUGAGGACGACAAGGCCGCGAAUGGAUAUGCAAAGGCAUAUUGA